UUUUUAUUUAUGUAUUUUUUUCUUCUUUUCUUGGCGCCGGAUUGCUGAUGUCUUUUCACGAGCAAAGCUGUCCAUCAAUUAUGAUCAUUUGCAUUCAGCCGCAAACAUGAGGUGAGAGAGGUCGCGGGCGCGGAUGCGGGAAUGGCGCGUCACGGUUUUGUUUUGUUUUGUUUUUUGGUCUUUGAGCAACUGGGAUGGUGUCCCCUGGGAGUUGGUGCGUACUCUGCAUAUAGGGAGCGGCGGUACCGGACUAGGUACACUUGAAACUUCCAGACAGGUAGGGUAUGUUGAGGCAAGUUGGAGCUAAACUCUGCAGGACACCGGCCCUCCAGGACGAAGUUUGGUGAAUGAAUGUGUCCAAAAUGUGUCCAAACACUUUGUCUCCGUUUUGAACAAAAUAUCUAGCCUAAGUUUGAUUAAUUUGCUUCUUUUUCAAGGUUAAAAGUUAUUUUUCCUGGGUCUAAGCAAAGACUAUAGAGACUUUGGUCUAAGUGACACUUUAGUUUUUUCAUUCCCUUAUGGAAAAAGGUGGAGUUCCAAAGAAUGAAAGACCCCUCUGUGUGCACCUUGGACCUCCGCCCGUCUCUUGGACGUGUCAUUCCUCAGUCCUCAUGUCUGGUCACAUUAUAGUCUAUAAAUCCUGAAUUUGACUGCACGAAGGGCUAUCUUUUUAUGAUCAAGGUACCAUAACCCGUCUAGUUAUGUCGAAGGGCUGAGUCGUGUUUUGGACUUUGCAACCGUCUCUCAGAUAUAAAGCUAGAGUAAACACACGUAACAUCUGCGCACUCUCGAGUCAGAGAUGGACACCUGGGCUAUUCUAAGCAUUCUGCUCGCGGUCACGCAUUAUGUAUCAGGGCAGAGUGCGAUAAGAUGGUGCACUAUUUCUUCUGCGGAGGAGUCCAAAUGUAAAGCAAUGGCUCAGGCGUUCACCAGCGCUGCAAUUCGACCAGCGCUACAGUGCGUCCCCGUCUCAUCUAAAGCCGAAUGCGCUCAAAAACUCACCAAAAAUGAAGUUGAUGCCUUCUCAGCCAGUGCUAAAGAAAUAUAUGACAUUGGCAAGCAAGCCAGCUUCAAUAUUGCAGCUGGAGAAUCUGGAGCGGAUGGGAAAGGAAUAACAUACUAUGGCGUUGCUGUGGUGAAAAGAACAAAUUCAGCUAUCAACAUCAACAAUCUGAAGGGGAAGAAGUCUUGUCACACUGGCAAGCACCGCACAGCUGGCUGGAACGUCCCUCUGGGCUAUUUGAUUGACAGUGGAAUGAUGUCAGCCAUGGGCUGCAACAUCCCUCAAGGGGUUGCUGACUUCUUUAGCGCCAGCUGUAUCCCAGGGGCUAAAGAUGACCCUCCGUCCCUGUGUCAGCUGUGUGUGGGAGAUCGAACAGGAAAAUAUAAGUGUGAAGAAGACCCUCAUGAGCAGUACUAUGCAUAUGAUGGAGCAUUUAGGUGCUUGGUUGAGAAUGCAGGUGACGUCGCCUUUGUGAAGCACACAACUGUAAGCGAGAAUACAGAUGGUCAGGGUGGUUCAUGGGCUGAAAGCUUGCACUCUGAGGACUAUCAGCUUCUGUGUCGGGACGGCACCCGCAGUCCAGUCAGUGAUUAUGAAAAAUGCCAUCUGGCUCGAGUCCCAUCGAGGGGGAUUGUUGUUCACACUGGCAUCAGCAGUUCAGUGGUUUACAACAUGUUGCGUGAGGGACUGCAAAAGUCUGGGUUCUCCAUGUUCUCCUCAGCAGGCUUUGAUGGGACAAACUUGUUGUUCAGUGAUGCUUCAACCACAUUUAUCCAAGCAGGAAAUGAAAACUAUAUCAAAUGGAUGGGCCAAUACUAUUACAUACUGAGAGCUAUGGACUGCACAGAGUCAGACGUUCCCUCUCACCUACGCUGGUGUGUCCUGUCUCAUGGAGAGCAGCAAAAAUGUGCAGACAUGGCUGUGGCUUUCAAAAGCAAAAAUCUGGUUCCUGAUAUUCAGUGUGUCUAUGGCACAUCUGUGGAGGACUGUAUGAAGAAAAUACAAAACAAGGAAGCUGAUGCCAUCACUCUUGACGGAGGUUACAUCUACACAGCGGGGAAGAGUUUUGGUUUGAUACCUGCUGUCGGGGAGAGCUACACAGGAGACACUGACGGAAGCAUUUAUUAUGCUGUCGCUGUGCUGAGGAAGAGCAACAGAGACAUCCAGAGAUUCAGUGACCUCAAGAGCAAGCGCUCCUGUCACACAGGUUAUGGAAGGACUGCAGGCUGGAACAUUCCCAUGGGUCUGCUAAUAGAAAAAGGCAUCAUCAAGCCGCAGACAUGCCAAGUGGCCCAAGCUGCUGGGGAGUUCUUUGAAUCAGCCUGUGUACCUGGAGCCAAUCAGAAAGGUUUUCCCAGUAACCUGUGUGAGCAGUGCAUUGGAGACUCCAGUGGUCAGAACAAGUGUGAAAAAGGCAAGGACCUAUAUGACGGUUACGAUGGAGCCUUCAGGUGCCUUGUUGAAGGUCAUGGUGAUGUGGCCUUUGUCAAACAUUCCACUGUGUUCCAGAACACAGAUGGAAACAAUACAGAUUCUUGGGCAGUACACCUGGAUUCCCGUGAAUUUCAGCUGCUUUGUUCUCAUGAGUCUCGUGCUGAAGUCACUCAGUACACUAAGUGCAACUUGGCCCGUGUCCCUUCCCAUGCCGUUAUGAUAAGACCUGAUACCAACCACCACGUCAUCUUUGGCCUCCUGGACAAAGCCCAGAAUUUCUUUGGAGUUAAUGCUGCCUCAGGCUUCAAGAUGUUUGACUCCAAACCCUAUGAGGGAUCCGACCUGAUUUUCAAGGAUUCAACUAUCACUUUAAUUGGUGUAGGAGAGAGGAAGACGUAUGAGGAAUGGCUUGGCCAGAACUACCUGGAUGCCAUAAUAGCCAUGGAGUGUUCAGCUUCAUCAACAGUGUUUUCCUCAUCCUCACUAUUGCUGAUGUCCGUUGUGAGCUCCCUGGUGUCUCUGUUGGCUUUGUAGCAGGUCUGCCAGGCACAGAAGUGUUCCUGGUGACUUCAUCCCUUCUCGACUCUGAUCUUCAAACUCGUGCCGAACUUUCUAGUAUUUAGGUGAUUCAAGUUCAAAUCAAAUCGCUAAAUCUAAAGCUACAAUAUGCUUAAGCAAUAGCAAUGCCUUUUAUCUGUGAUUGUAAUGGUACAUAGUACGCAUCUAGUACGGAUGAUAAGCUUUCUAAGUGGUUUAGGGGGGGGUAAUUUUGAGAACAGUCUUAAAUUAGUAACUGCAAAGAGUUGGCUAAAGUCUUUCUUUAAACCAAACCAAAGCUGGUUUGUUAUUGUGACCAUUUGUAUUGUUUUAUUAGUAUGAAAUUGCUGAGGGCAAUAGCCAUAUCAGUGAAUAUGCUUUGCCUGUUACAUAUUUAUAUUUAUUGCAGCUUUUAAAACCAACAUUUUAUUAUGUUAUGAACUACUUGAAGGCACAUGCCAUAUCAGGGAAUAUGCUGUGUCUAGCAUUUUCCUCUUUGCUGAUUUUUGUAACUAGUAUUAUGCAGUUGAAUGAAGCAUGCACUGGAGUUGUACUACUGAAAGGUUAUUUUCCUCUUGCAUUCAAACAGAUUAUUGCUUGCUUAUAUCAACAACAUAUUGUGCUGAUGCAUUUAAAAUCCUAAAUGUUUUUUGACCAAUCUAAUGAAAUGAAAUGAGAGGAUUUUUCUAAACUCAGCAAUGCUUUCAUAUCAGGGGGAGGAGGAGUAUUUCAUUUCAAUGGUUGUUCAGUCUGUCUUGUUGCAACAUUGUCCAUUACAUGCAUUUAGUUAGCAUUGUUGCAAUGCAAGUGUUAAAUUCCCUUCACUAAACAAUGUUCUCAAACUCUAUUAGCAAGGCAACAAUUUGCUUGCUUUUCUCUAUGCAACCUAAAAUCCAAAAAUGAUACAUACAGAUCGUGUGAAUGAGGUGAAACUACACUAUGAGAUAAAUAAGCAGAAAUACUGUUUAAUUAAAACAUUCAAAAAUGUGCUGAGCACAUGGGGUUUAACAAGAAUCUUUUGCAUAAAACCCACAAUUGUGCUCCAGCUGAUGAUUUAGACAUUGUUUAAUACAGUAUCACUUACUUGCUUUCUUGCUUCAUAAUGUGUUUCUUUGUGAGAUUUCUUGGUAGUUGUUCAGAUACCAUAUCAGUGUAUAUGUGCUGACACAUGAAUGUCCUACAUUAAUGUCUGCUUUGUCUUGCAAUUUCUUAAUGAAAUGAUUCAGAUAUAACUAAUAUUUAGUUGCCAGGCCAGUGCGUCUGCUCAAGUAUUACAGUAUAUUGUCACUUAUUUUAAAUAAACAAGCAUCUUAA